AUUGUGUGGCGCCCUCUGCGCCUGCGCCCCGGUGCAAGGUGGGGCAGCGGGCGCCCGCACUGUAGGGUGUGCGCAGAGGUGGGGGGCUACGAGCAGCUGUCACACUAAGGGACGGUCGCGGGAUGGCGACGACCUCCGGGUCCUCGGACUUGGUCGGCUCCGGAGCGCCCCCGCCUGGCGGGGGAGCCCAGGCAGCAGCGGUAGCGGAGGACGAGGAGCGAGAGGUGGUACGGGUCCGAGUCAAGUUUGCUGAAUGUAGUCCCACCUUCUCUCUGCAGAAACAUGAAAAUUUUUUGGCUCCCGAGUUUCGCUCUUUCGCCGUAGACCCCCAGAUAACCUCGCUGGACGUGUUACAGCACAUCCUCAUUCGAGCCUUUGAUUUGAACGGGAAGAAGAACUUCGGCAUCAGCUACCUGGGUCGGGACCGGCUAGGCCAGGAAGCUUACCUCUCCCUCCUGUCGGAUUGGGACCUCAGCACAGCCUUCGCCACUGCCUCCAAACCUUACCUACAGUUGCGGGUAGACAUUCGACCUUCAGAGGACAGUCCAUUGCUGGAAGACUGGGACAUAAUCAGCCCCAAGGAUGUCAUUGGCUCUGAUGUGCUGCUGGCUGAGAAGCGGUCAUCGCUGACGACAGCUGCACUGCCCUUCACGCAGUCCAUCCUCUCUCAGGUAGGCCGUACCUUGUCUAAGGUCCAGCAGGUGCUGAGCUGGUCAUAUGGGGAAGAUGCCAAGCCCUUCAAGCCUCCCUUGAGUGAUGCCGAGUUCCACACAUACCUCAACCAUGAAGGCCAGCUCUCCCGCCCGGAGGAGCUGCGGUUGCGCAUCUACCACGGCGGGGUGGAGCCCUCUCUGCGGAAGGUGGUAUGGAGGUACCUGCUGAAUGUAUACCCUGACGGGCUGACAGGCCGCGAGCGGAUGGACUACAUGAAACGCAAGAGCCGAGAGUAUGAGCAGCUCAAGAGCGAGUGGGCACAGCGAGCAAGCCCAGAGGACCUGGAGUUCAUCCGAAGCACAGUCCUCAAAGACGUGCUGCGCACUGACCGGGCCCACCCCUACUACGCAGGGCCGGAAGACGGGCCACACCUGCGGGCCCUGCACGACCUACUCACCACUUACGCUGUUACCCACCCACAGGUGUCCUACUGUCAGGGAAUGAGUGACCUCGCCUCGCCCAUUCUCGCCGUCAUGGACCAUGAGGGACAUGCUUUUGUCUGCUUCUGUGGCAUUAUGAAGCGCCUGGCUGCCAACUUCCACCCCGACGGCCGUGCCAUGGCCACCAAGUUUGCCCACCUCAAGCUGCUGCUGCGACACGCUGACCCCGACUUUUACCAGUACCUGCAAGAAGCCGGUGCUGACGACCUGUUCUUCUGUUACCGCUGGCUACUGCUUGAGCUCAAGCGAGAGUUCGCCUUCGAUGACGCCCUGCGUAUGCUUGAGGUCACUUGGAGCUCCUUGCCUCCUGACCCCCCGGAACAUGAGGUGGAGCUCAUUGGACCCCCUAGCCAAGCAGCAGAAACUGGCUUCAGUGGCCACAGGGGGCGGCCUAUGCGCCAGCGGCACAUGCUGAGGCCUGCCGGUGCAGGAGGCGGAGCCUUUGAAGAUGCUGUUGACCACUUGGCCAAUAGCAGUAGCCAAGGGCCUGGCGGUGGGGGCCGCCUCCUGCGGCAAGCUAGCCUGGAUGGCCUACAGCAACUCAGGGAUAACAUGGGCCCCCGGAGGGACCCUCGUGUCCAGCUGCCCCACCCAGCCACCCUUCUCAGCACCAAGUCCCUCUCCGAGCCCUUGCUGAACUCCCCAGACCCACUGCUCUCCUCCUCUUCCCAUCCCGAUUCCCCAUCUUCCUCUUCUCCACCCUCCACCCAGGAGGCCUCUCCCACCAGCGACUUGGCCAUAGGAUCCCCUUUCAUGGCAGAGGCAGGCUCUCCACAAGACCCUGGGAAGCCCCUGCCUCCCCCACCCCCACCCCCAGCAGGCCUGCCCCCACCCCAGGAAUUUGGCCGAGGGAACCCCUUCAUGCUCUUCCUCUGCCUGGCCAUCCUGCUGGAGCAUCGCGACCACAUCAUGCGCAAUGGGCUGGAUUACAACGAGCUGGCCAUGCACUUUGAUCGCCUCGUGCGAAAACACCACUUGGGGCGUGUGCUGCGCCGGGCCAAGGCACUGUUCGCCGAUUACCUGCAGUCAGAGGUGUGGGACUCGGAGGAGGGGGCUGAGGCUACAGCCCCGUCUUGACCAGGCAGCCCAUCAACCCUGCCAGUUCUUUCUUUGCCCGGAGGGCCUUCACAUGAGGCCCUCCUCCCCACCCCACCCCCAACCUCCCUGCCUGCCACUCCUUGACCUGUUGGAGAGUUGGGCCUGAGUGUACUGGGCUCUGCUUCGGCAUUGCCUCCCCCUCAGUUUCCCCAGCAAUCCCCAGAGGCUACAGCCUCUUCUGUUUCCAUGCGCGGUUUUAUUUUUAACUACACUUUG